AUGCCAACUAUGAGAGCCACAGUCGCACGGUGGCUGUUGCUCCUUGCCCUCCAGUUGGCGGCAGUGUCAACCUCACCAGUUGCGUCAACAUGCCCUGAUGGAUUUUGCUUGUGUACUGGCGACUGCCGUGUUCUUCUGCAAGACGAAAGCUGCUGUCCUCGUGGAGACGGAUGGCUAGAGCAUAUCUGUGGUCCAAAGAGAGCGUGUUGUCGUGAGGGCUGCUGUCUAGAAGGCUGGACCUGCGCUGCUAAUGGAAUGUGUGGACCUCCGCUUCCAUCUAUCUCUGACCCAACCACCAUCAUCACUCUCCGUAAACCUGAACUAUCUUCCCCAACGGCCGAUGACAAUAUCUCUGGCAAAAUCUCCACAAACCCUCAACCCCCUUCUCUUACAACUACUUCAGAACGACGGCUAUCAGAACACACCACGGUAUCAUCCAUAUCAUCACAUAUUUUUGUCACAGCAGGACCCCCAGUCUUAACAUUACCAAGUAACCAAGUCACCACUAGCUCUGAUGAGGUAGUGUCCGGUCCUGGGGAUGCUACUACCAUUCCCAAUAGCCAGCCGACAAGUGGCGAGCCCGAGAAGCCAUCUGAUGCAAGCCGCGAUAUUCCAGAUGGAGAUACCACCUUACCAAACACUCACAUCGUCCCCAUCGCGUUUGAGCCAGCCUCUGCCACCACUUUACCUGGCAGCAUGGUGACUGCCAUUUCCCCCACCAAUCCCAUUUCUCCAGGAACCGAUCUCUCAGAGACAACUCAUACGCCUACCACUGACUCUCGCGGAGGCGAUGACAGGAGUAUCACUACAAUACUCAUCCCCAGUACUGACGGCGGUGGUCCUGCGGCUUCAACUUCUGGCCAAACUCUGUCCGUCAAUGAAACUCUUACAUCCAUUUUGGUUACGAGUGGCACUUUCUCGAUAGCGAUCACCACAACAGACACUCCCACCACGUCACCAUUCGCAACCGGGACACUUGAUUCUAUUCUUCCAUCCCAAGGUGCAACAGAUAGUGCACAUCACAGUCAGGAACCUAGUUCCAUUAUGUCUGUUCCACCGACAUCUGUCGACCCCGUCCCUGGCACUGAGCACUCGAGUCAUGCCGAAGCCAGCAAGUCAAAUGAUCCCCUUCCUACUUCUCUCGUCACAAAGGACCCACUUACUACAGCUCCUGAGUCAACCUCUAAUUCCACAACCACAUUACCCAAUGGUCAGGUUACGACUCUACCCAGGCAUAGUACCAGUGAUGUCACAAAGGCUCCAGAGUCCACUGAAACAGACGGAGUCGUUCCCGUCAUCAUCCCAAUCACAACAACAGUACCCGAUCCAGAGAGAAGCGAUAAUGGUAUCAAGAUUCCCUGCGACAUGUGGUUCUUUGAUCUAUGCCUCGCACCCAUUGGCGGAUGGGGCUUCGUGCUUCCUCCUGGGACUCAUCCACCUGGCCCCCCUCCGAUUAUCAAGAUCGACCCUACCGCACCUAUUAAGGUAGAUAUCACAGGAUCUAUCCCAUGGCCCGGAUUCACUAUCGAUCCGGCCGGUAAUCCAACAUUCUCCAGUAAGCCGGACGACUGUAAGACUGAGACAGCUGAGAUGUGCAUCACUACUACUUCUUAUGGGGUUUCGGUUGAUGGUACUACUACAUCUACAACAGCAACGAGUACCAUUUCCACUUGCGGCACUAUUUACGGAUGUGACGUAAAAGGAGAGGACUCCUCAAGAACUAUCUCUAAAACAACUACAGUUAGCACGGAGACCCCUACUGUAACAGCCAUCAGGCUCACGUGGGAGGAAUGGAAUAUCGAUGAGUAUACAGGAGCACAGCUCAACGACAUAGCAGACGCAGCACAAGCUCGACUCGAUAAGAAGUUUGGUAGAUUGGCAUCUCCUACGUCCCAAAUCACAACGACCAAAGCUACUACCGAGUCUUUCCCCACACUCACCCGAGCUCCUUCUAUUGGUGUUCCAGCUUCGUCUGGCCUCUCUUGCGUUUCUACGGCCACUUAUACAGAAUGUGGGGGCUCAGGUAAUCGAGAAGCCUGUGUCGAGAAGCCCAGUUGUGCGUCUUGGGUCAACACAGCAGUUGUUACCAUGACGACACCGGAGAUAACACCAUUCUGCGACGCGGGCUACGAAACAUACUCGGCGACAGCUCAUGCAGCCAUACCAACUCAGGGCGGUACCUUGAAGUUCUUUAUUCCCGUCUCGGAUGAUAAAGGGUCAGAUUGGGACUUUGUGAUUGACGACGAUAAUGUCAAAGAGGCCGUGAAGAGUUGGAAAGUUGGAAACGAUGAUGACGAUAGCAUUGAGAGUGGAGAUGGUGGGAAAGACCUCGAGAUCAAGUGGGAAGUUCCCGAUGAGUCCAGUGGCAAUUAUGUUGAGUUGCUGUUCAAAACAUCGGAUAUCAACGAGAAAAGGUUCGCCUUUACGGCUAAGGGCGGUAUUGUUGCUUGUAUGCCCGACUGCAGAGACGAUGCAACGACAACCACAGACGCUGAUGGCAUGGUUUGCACCCACUACCCCUGCCACUCCCCCAACUGUGAGCAAGGUCCAGCUCCGGAACCACAAGCUGCCUGUGAGUUAGUUGAGGACGGACUUGCCAUUCCCCUCUUCUACACUGUGACCAUUGUCGCAAACGGCUACAGUUGGAUCGAUGACGAUGGCAAGAAGCUGAAAAGUGAAGAAAAGGGCUGUGGAGCAAUGACGGAUUGGCAUUCCAGUGCGAUUGAAGUUGAGACAGGGGACGGUUGGACUGCGCGGCAUAUGUUUACUUUCACCUUGCCGAUAACUAUCAAGGCAGGCUGUGUAGAGAGGGCAAUCGCAAGUGCUGGGGGGCCCUCGGGUAUUCAGUGCGAUAACAAGGAGGGCGAUUUAUGGUGA